CGCUGGCAGCCGCUCUGGCCCGAGCCACCGCAGACAGCCUGCUCGGUCCGAUCUGUCCGUCCAGAACCUCAACAAGGCCGUAGAAGACGGCGCCGACCUGUUGCCACAGAUGGAGUCGGUGAAGAUGGCGCGGUUGGUUUUUAACAGACUGUUUGAGAUUUGCUGCCUGUGGCAGAAGGAGCUGCCGUUCCGCCGCCGCCCGCAGCCAUACUACGAAACGUCCAUCCACGCCAUCAAGAACAUGAGGCGCAAGAUGGAGGACAAGCACGUCAUCAUCCCCGACUUCAAUUCACUCUUCAACAUUCAGGAUCAGGAGGAACAGGCGUUCUUUGCUGUGUUUGACGGACACGGCGGCGUGGAUGCAGCUAUUUAUGCUGCCAACCACCUUCACGUCAACCUGUUCCACCAGGAAUCCUUCAGCCAGGAUCGCGACGCUCUGUGCCGCGCCUUCAAGCUGACGGACGAGCGCUUCGUGAAGAAAGCCUCACGAGAGCACCUGCGCUGCGGAACCACCGGGGUGGUGACGUUCCUGCGAGGCCGGACGCUGCACGUCGCCUGGCUGGGAGACUCCCAGGUGAUCCUGGUGCGGAGAGGGCAGGUGGUGGAACUGAUGAAGCCACACAAACCAGACAGAGAGGACGAGAAGCAGAGGAUCGAGGCUUUGGGAGGAUGUGUGAUUUGGUUUGGCACAUGGAGGGUCAACGGGAGUCUGUCUGUAUCCAGAGCAAUAGGCGACUCGGAGCACAAGCCGUACAUCUGUGGGGACGCGGACCACGGCAUCUUCCCAUUGGACGGCUCAGAGGACUACCUGAUCCUGGCCUGCGACGGGUUCUGGGACACGGUGAGUCCCGACGAGGCGGUGCGCGUCGUCAGCGACCAUCUGCAGGAGAACGCCGGCGACACCACCAUGGUGGCCCACAAGCUGGUGGCCUCCGCCCGAGACGCAGGCUCCAGCGACAACAUAACUGUCAUCGUGGUGUUCCUGCGCGACCCGCGCUCCCCGCCGCCCGCCUGCACGGAGGACGAAGAGGAGGGCGUGGCAGAGGAGCCGGUGGAGGAGGAGGGCGUGGCCGAGGCGGAGGAGGAGGAGCAGGAAGAAGAGGAGGAAGAAGAUGAAGCAAUGAGAGUAGAGCGAGACGGAGGCGAGGGAGGCAGCGCCGCAGACGUGGGAGGGAAAAGCCGCGGCGGCUGGCCGCUGCAGCAGUGCUCGGCUCCGGCGGACCUCGCCUACGAAGACCGCACGGACUCAUUCACGGACAGAACCAGCCUCAGUUUGCUGGGGCCGUCACUGGAGAGCCACAUCAGCCCCAGCAGCUACCGGGCAGCGCGCCCUCUGAGACGCAGGCCACGCUUCCCGUUCCAGCAGCCCGGCGCCACCGGCUUCACGGACCCACUGUGGCCCCAAACGGCCGCGCUUUUAGGCCAAGCCUCCAGGCCAAGCCGCAGCCGGGGCCACGUCAGCCGCCGAUCGGGUCGGAGGUGGCCGAGCAGAUCCAAAGAGCUGCUGGGUCUGAUACCGUCGGGCCACACGCAGAGUUACGCCUCCUGGAGGCCUGGAGUGGCGGUGCCUCACCUGCCCUAUGAUGCCACCAUCUGAAGGGAGGCGGCGCCCUCUGCUGACUCCAAGUGGCGUUUCUGAGUGACGCUGUCUCUCAAGAGCAAACACUGAUUGGCUCAGUCCCACUGCAGGAAUUUGUCCAAAAUCAUUAUCAUUAUUAAAAAGCUGAGCAACAAAAUAAGAAAUUGAGGGUUCAACUUCUUUUCAGAAUGAGUUACAAUUUUUUUGUUUUGAACUAUUUUUCUUAGUCUCACAUUAUUUCAGGAACUAAAACGGAUUUUGUUUUGAAGCAUCAACAUUCGUCCUUUCCUACUUAUAAACCUCUGAAAAAUGGCUAAAGCAGAUGAUCUUAUUUGAAAUAUAAGCAGACUUCCUGUGUUAAGAGAAGGCGCCAUGUAGACGCAGCUAAUGGCGCUUAUGCUAACACAAAAUGUCCGCCGUUAUCCUAUCAAAAAGUGCUUCAACUGUAACGAAUCCCAAAGUCUCUUCUGGGUUCAACAGCAAAUAAAGCUGGCGAUAUUUAAAAAAGAAAAUCUAGAGACAGAUGUUCAUUUGGUCCAAUCAGGUGUGGCUCUUGAGAAACACGUUGCUUUUGAAACGCUGCUUCAUCUGCCGUCUGUCUGAAGUUCAGCCAAACUAACCAUUUCCGUGGUUCUUCACUUCUCCCCUUUGCCUUCAAGCACAUAUUUCUUUGGUAGUAAGUUGUGGCUCCUGCAGUCGUUAUGUGAUAAUCAGUCGAUGUUAGAGGACCGCUACUCUGUCCAAAGUCCAAACAUUUCUCACUGUAAGCUGAACACAAACCUGCUGCCGCUUUAGACCCAAACAUCCUCUCUGUGACCACUGAUCAGCCGGCAUGAAGCCAGAGCUCCAAAUGCUGGACAGUCGGAUGUAUUCACAAGUUGAAUGUGACGUAAAUGUGAUUCUGAAGACGCCACUGUAGUGCUACCUGCAUGUGGAGCAGAGCGGCGACCGCAGACAACACAAGGAAAGUCGGAACCGUCUCACUUCAGGAAAAAGAAACAGAAAUUUCCAGUAAAUUGUGAAAUCAAUCUCCGGGACUCCAACACCUGUUGUUAGUUUAGUUAGAGCUUCGAUCUGUUUUUGGCUGUGAAAGCCUCCAUUGAUUAGAAAUCUUCACUUUUCUGAAGUUCUUUAUUUUGAAAGACGUAACAGACCUGAGCUUCCCUCUCACAGCAGCUGAUGUCGACUCGUUUUGUUUGGCAUUCAGUAACGUAAUCAUUUCGCAUAUUUCACCACAUUCAGACGCUUUUAAAGAUUUGCAUAUUGUAACCCUGGCAAUGACUUUUUCAGCGUUGACAAAAGCAGAAAAUAUCCAGGAAGUAUUUCCGUCGGUACAACCUUCCUCGGUCCGAAGUCCCGUCAAAACCAGAAAUAUUCCUCAUUUUAGCAAGAUUUCAAAAAACCUAAAGCCUGUUACCAUAUUUAUACCUCAUUAAAACCCAAAUCUGUUCUCUUAAAUAAAGACGGUUUACAGUAAAACGGUGAAAAUCUAUUCAGAAUUUUACAUGUUGCCUGGAGGAAACAUGGUUCGUGUCUUUUUAGCAAGUCAUAAUCGGCCAGAGGAGCAAAGUUUUCUAUUUUUUAUGGUCAUACAAACGUCAACAUGGGACAAAAUGAGUCUGGAUUGAACAUUUCGUCUUUUGGAAGAUUUAAAACGUUCCUCAAAAUUUGCCUGAUGAUUGGAUGAAAGCAUCCAAUCUGCACUUUGACCUGAAGCGCAACUAACGCACUGCCAAAGCCAAGCUCCGCCCCCGGCCAGCAAAGUGGGCGGAGCCAAGAGACAGGUGAGUGAGGGGCUGAGAUCAGAAUGCAACAAUCGCUGGUGUCAACUUGUCCACUUUCAAUUUAUUCAUUGUUUCAAAUCCAGCAACUCUUUCAGUCUUGGAGAUUUUAUUGGCAACAGUCCUGAGCUAGCAGCGAGAGCCGCCAUUAGUUAGCUAUUAUUAGCCACAGUUAGCCGUCAUUAGCUGCUGUUAGCCACAGUUAGCCAUCAUUAGCUGCUGUUAGCCACAGUUAGCCGUCAUUAACUGCUGUUAACCACAGUUAGCUGUCGUUAGCCACAGUUAGCCGUCAUUAGCUGCUGUUAGCCACAGUUAGCCAUCAUUAGCUGCUGUUAGCCACAGUUAGCCGUCAUUAACUGCUGUUAACAACAGUUAGCUGCUGUUAGCCACAGUUAGCCGUCAUUAGCUGCUGUUAGCCACAGUUAGCCAUCAUUAGCUGCUGUUAGCCACAGUUAGCCGUCAUUAACUGCUGUUAACCACAGUUAGCUGUCGUUAGCCACAGUUAGCCGUCAUUAGCUGCUGUUAGCCACAGUUAGCCAUCAUUAGCUGCUGUUAGCCACAGUUAGCCGUCAUUAACUGCUGUUAACAACAGUUAGCUGUCGUUAGCCACAGUUAGCCGUCAUUAGCUGCUGUUAGCCACAGUUAGCCAUCAUUAGCUGCUGUUAACCAUAGUUAGCUGUUGUUAGCCACAGUUAGCCGUUAUUAGCUGCUGUUAGCCACAUUUAGCCGUCAUUAGCUGCUGUUAGCCACAGUUAGCCGUUAUUAGCUGCUGUUAGCCACAUUUAGCCAUCAUUAGCUGCUGUUAGCCACAGUUAGCCAUCAUUAGCUGCUGUUAACCAUAGUUAGCUGUUGUUAGCCACAGUUAGCCGUCAUUAGCUGCUGAUAGCCACAUUUAGCCGUCAUUAGCUGCUGUUAGCCACAGUUAGCUGUCGUUAGCUGCUCCACUCUGUCAAAUAAGUUACAUAUUUGUAAAGCAGAGUAUCGAUCAGUGGUCACCUGUCGCCAUGCUAGCCACUGACCUGUCCAGAGAGGAGCGCUGUGCUUUUAUACAGGAAGUGAUAAAGUUUUACUAAUCUGCUGGAACCAAAAUAAAAAUUCAACGUUACCAUUUGAAGCGAAUAAAUCCAGACUAGAAGAAAAAGUCAAAAUAAUCAGUUUGGACAAUUUUAUCAAACAAAAAGUCGACUUCACUUUCUGCUCUCUUUCAACCAGAUGCACUUUAACUCAACUUUGAGUACAAAAGGGUAUGAAUACUUCUGCACCUAUAAUGUUUACUUUGUACAACACAAUACUAGGGUCACACUAAGAAAAUACAAAUAUAAAAUUAGUGGAAUAACGUCAGAGUAUUACAUCAUACUGCAACUUUGUUCUUGAUUAUUCCCAAAACUUCGACUUCGUUCUCUCAUCUCUUGUUAUACUGUCAAUUUAUCUUUGUAUUAUUUUGACUUGAUUCUGGUGAUUUUAUAUUUUAUUCUUGUAAUUUUGUCUUUUUUUAUUUUUAUUAGUAUGUCCCAAACGCUUGGUAGGAAACUGUCUUUUUAAAUGUCUGAAUAUAUAUAUUUUCCUCUUUAUGGGUAUUUUUAGUUCCUUUUUUUUAUUAUUUUUUUUACAAGAAUUUCUUCAAAUAGGUUUUAGAAAAAGUUUCCAAGUUAAAAAUCAUGGAGACUGCAAAAAGAUGUGAAAAACAUCUGCUGACACUUUACAUUAUAAUGAAUAUUUUCCUUCAUUGGACCAAAUCUUUCUUGUCCACCCUAGAAAGAGAAAUAUUCAGUGAUUUUGCUGCUGUCUUAUGAAUACAGUUUGAAAAUAUCCUGUUUAUUUCAGGUAGAUUCUAAAUGAUGGCUAAUGGCUGAUCCUGCUUCUCUCUGGAUCAUUUCCUUUCAUAUGAGGCUGCAGGCGCUGUUCUGCCGCACCAUUCAGCAAUUAUCCUGCAACAAUUUGUCUACUCUCAAAAGCAUUAACUGUCGGAUUAUGAAAGAUUAGAUUUCACUUACCUGAAUAAAUGCCUCAUGCAGUCCAGAUGGGAUGCCCUCCAGGGUUAAAUGGCAUUUAGGUGGAAGGAUAUUGAAGAUAUAUGUAUAUAUUUUUAAUAGUCUAAUAGUUUUACCUAUUUGCUUGAACUAAAAACGCUGAGAGAUAUUCUUGAAAGGCUUGAUAAGAUUAGCAUUUAUAUUAGUAGGAAAGCGGCAUACUUUCCUCAAUCUGGAUUAUUUAUUGCAAGAUUAAUGAAUAUAAAGAAAUGUGCUGGGAAGUUUGACAGAAGUUUCAUAACUAAAAAGGAAAUUUAAAACCAGAUAAAUAUGAAAGUACAACAACCUGCAGCUGAGUAGCUUAGCUCAGUCAUAAAGACAUUUCUGUUGAAGCGAACUCUGUGGCAACAUCAAGCUUCACAAUGAAAUUCACAAAAAGGGAUUUUCUUGUAACUUUGUUAAAGUUAAUGAGGUUGGCCGAUCAAUAAAUCCUGUAUGAGAAUAAAGUGUUGGUUUUAAACGCCUUCGAAAGCAGCAGCUGAUAAAAGUUUUCCUCUGAAGCCCAAUUGGCGCCGGACGCUUUAGCUGGACGGGUUUCAUCUUUAGAGCGUUUAUCAGUUUUCCAUCAGAUUGCACGAAACUAAGCGUGCUACCUUAAAAAUCUCUAUCUAUAUGCAACUGCUGAAAGAAAAUCACUUGCAUAAUUUUUCAAAGAAUGAAACUGUAACCACUUUUGAAAUGUUUUAACUGAACCAUCAAAAGACAGACCAUGAAAAGAUAUGAGAAAAUCUAUUAGCUUUUAUUUGUAAAGUAUUUACAUGUUAAAUGUUGCAGUUUUUGAAUCGAUUUAGGUUUAAAGAGUUUAACAAGCUUCUCUGUCACAAAUAAAAUAAAUUUCAGAUUGCUGCUCAUCAGGUAAUGCAAGAAAAUAAAGAAAUGCUACCAAUGAAAUAAAGGGAUUAAAUUUCCUUUUGACUUGGAUUUGUUUUAAAAAUCUACGUUUUGAAAAUUAUUCAUACAUAAAUGUACCAAAGGCACUUUAUAUUACAUAUGAAAUGAGUAAAUAUAUACUGUGUUAACCACCCUAAAUCAGGCCUUUAUGAGAACAAAGUCUAAAUAUUUAGUCAUCAUUUCUUUGAAACCAGUUCAGUCUUUAAUUGAGCUGAAGUUUCCAAAGACAAGGUACAAAAAUCAUAUUUUGUUGGCACAUUUCAGGAGGUUAAGUAAAAAUAGGGAUAUUUUCUGUCAUGUUAUUACUGUUAUUCACUGUUUGGUUACAUGUUAAACUCAACUGUAAUAUGGGUUACAGUUGAGUUUAUUGAUUUAUUUCCAUUUUGUUUGAAAGCCAAACCAAUAUAAAAAGGUUUAGACCUUUAAAACUAAUAUAAAUAUAAGCUCAUGUCAAACUGCAUCACUGUCAUUUCAAGUGGUUAAAGGGACCAAGUUGGCAAAUGUUGAAAGAUAAGUGAAAGUUGUCAACAAAUGUAUAUUUUAUUAUUCAGAGAGUUUUGGUAAAAUACAUUCCUUCCACUUUUUUCCAAGCAUUUUGAUUUGAGAAGGAAAACAAGGUGAUUUUUUUGUUUCUCCUUUUAUUCCCAUUUUGAGCAAAGUGGCUGUUUUCAGAUGAACUAUUGACAUUAGAACUGUAAUUUCAACAUCCACCACAGAACCGGGUUAGCAGUAAAGCCACCGGUUCCACUGGUUUCACUGGUUUCGCUGGUUCCACUGGUUCUGCUGGUUCCACUGGUUUCACUGGUUCCUCUGGUUCCAAAGUAAAAGCCAUUUGAUUCUCCUUUUGGAGCAAAGUCACAACAUUUGUGUGUAAAUGGCUGAAAAUGCAGGCAAAGUGAAAAACCAUCAUUUAAUCUAUUCCUUUGUUUCUUCUGCGUAUAACUGAUCAUAGAUCUACAGGAUGGUACAUUUAUUUAUUAUGAAUUUGUUUCAGGACUCGGCAGCUCUCACUCGGUACGAAACCUUCACAUUUUAGCACACAGAUAAACGGAGAUGAGGUUUUUUUAUUAUCGAUCUGUCGUAGCUUAGCCGCUUUCUCACCCAGACAUCAACAGUAAUAGAGAUAAAUAUGUUAUUUACCCAAAACUCAUCAAUCAAAAUGUUCACAGUCCCAGUUCAAAUGAAAGCAAGCAAGAUGUCACUGCAGUUCAUUAGCAUGUAAAACAUCAGAAAAACAGGAAAAUCAAGAAUCUGCUGUGGAGUUUCAGUCUCAACUGUUGAACCAUAAAUGAAAUAUUUUCAGCAGUUUUUAUCCAAUGUGUUUGCUUAAAACUCAUAAAUGUUUGGAUGACCCUGUACUUUGAGUCUUAUUGCAAAAGUCCAAAAGAAAUCCAAUAACAUUAAAUAGAAAUUAAUUCAAUGUUCUGGUUUCCAACUGCCUUGUUUUGGAGCACAGCACUUAAAAUGGAUAACUUUGACAUUUUUUGAAUAUGAAGGCAUUUAAAUCUUUUAGUUUUGAAAUGAAAAACCAAUAAAGUGAAUAAAUCUG